CCGGGGUCUCUGGGAGCCGACGCUCGGCGCUCGGACACUGGCGAGGUCCGGCCUGCGGGCGGUGGGUUCGCUGCCUCAGCGCGGCAGGUGAGGCCCUGCCCCAGAUGGCCCUCCCCGCAGGCGUCCGGUGCCGCAGCGCGGUGCUGAGUCGGGGCAGUCGUCCUGACAGCCGUAUCCUACUUUAAAUAACAAAGCUCACCCAAAUUAAACGACAAGUACCCCCAGCAUCUCUGCUCGAAUGGACUCAUUGGUCGCAGCUGGGCCAUGGCAUUUGCUGCUGGAGGCUUCAAAGUGAAACUGUAUGAUAUUGCACAACAACAGCUGACAACUGCCCUGGAAAACAUCCGCAAACAAAUGAAGGAUCUGGAGGAGAAAGGAUUCCUGAAAGGAGAUUUGAGUGCGGAGCAGCAGUUUUCUCUCAUUAGCAGCUGUACAGACCUGAAGGCAGCAGUAGAGGGUGCUACUUUCAUUCAGGAAUGUACACCAGAGAACCUGGAACUGAAAAAGAAGAUUUUCAGUCAGUUAGACCUGAUUGUUGGUGACAAAGUUACCUUGAGCAGCUCGACCUCUUGUCUCUUACCCAGCAAGUUGUUCACUGGCCUUAAGCAUGUUAAGCAGUGUAUUGUGUCACAUCCUGUAAAUCCACCAUACUUUGUGCCACUGGUUGAAAUUGUGCCUCAUCCAGAAACAGAUCCUUCUACUGUAGAAAGAACAUAUGCACUAAUGAAGAAGAUUGGCCAAUCUCCUGUCAAACUCAACAGAGAAGUUGAGGGGUUUGUACUGAAUCGGCUCCAGUAUGCAGUGAUAAGUGAAGCCUGGAGACUUGUGGGUGAAGGAGUAAUAUCUCCUACUGAUCUAGACCUUGUGAUGUCUGAUGGAUUGGGAAUGCGAUAUGCAUUUAUUGGACCUCUGGAAACCAUGCAUCUUAAUGCAGAAGGUAUUUCAGAUUAUUGUGAAAAAUACUGUGAAGGUAUAAGAUUUGUUCUGAACACCUUUGGACCAGUUCCAGAAUUCUCAGGUGAAACUAAGCAGAAAAUCAAUCAGGCAAUGUCUGAAAAAAUUCCAGUUGUUCCAAAAGUCUUGGAUGCCAGAAGAAAAUGGAGAGAUGAAUGUCUCACUGGUCUUGCCAAACUGAAAAAAGAAAUGAAAUCUGACUGAGGUGCACCUUGUCUUAGAGGAGAGGCCAAAUGAAGAGCAUAUCUGCAUAAAAAGUGGAAGGUUUUGGUCAUGCAGAAGAGGAGACUGAAUGUGCAACCAACGAUAUGCACAAAUGUGGAGACCAAUGAAAAUAUUUGGUCCAAAUUUAUCAUGCCAUGAUUCAUUAAUAACUGGAAACAGUUAUUUAAAAGUUCGGUUAAAAUUUAUCAAAUUAUUAUAUAUGCAUUAGAUAGGUAAGCAUUAAGUAGCUUUAGCAAUAUUAAUGUUGUGCAAUGCUGGGACACAAUCUUGUUUUAAAUAAUGCAUUUUUCAGCUUGCUUAGGAAUUCAGCGCUUGAACAAUAUUUGCACAUGCAGGGAUCUGAAAUAGGCAAACAUCAGCUGUUUGCCACUGGAUAAAAUAAGCCCUCACCUACCAAUCACUGUGACAGUGAGGUUAAUUUGUAAAGCACUGACUUUAGAUAGGAAAAGGCUGUGUUGUCUGGUGAGCUGAGACCUCAGCAGCAGUGAGGGUCACCUCGACUUAGCUCUGUAAUUAUUCAACAAUGUUGGGGAAAGAGUUACUCUUUCUUUCCCUCCCUCUUGCACUUCUGUACCUGUAUAAUGAUGCAGAUAUAAGUAAGCAGAGCAGAAUCUCCCCCUCAUCCCCUACCCUGGGUUCUGUAAGUCUUACCGGAGACCUGUUCAGUCUUUAAAAGCCUAACUCAGAUGUUUGAUGCUGGCCAUUGACAUUGUUGCAUAAAAUGUGAAUGAGAAACAAGAGAUUUUUAUUUUAAAGUUUUUUUGGGAGUCAGUAUGGUGUAGUGGAUUGGUCUGGGCUUUCCCCCAGUGUACUGCAUGAUUAAGUGAUCUUGGGAACCCAUUUCACCUCUCUGAUGCUAUGUCUACUUUGUACAUUAUCUGAAGCAAGAACUGCUUCUUCAGGACUCAAGGUAGAUGAAAGGACCUCAAGUAUCUGCUAUUUUACCCCACUACAAAAAGAUUUAUUAGCUUAGAUGUAGCAUUUAAGCUUUACUGCUGCCCUUCCUACAGGAGACACAACAUCUGUUUAAGAAGAGGGUAUACAUCUGGAAGUAGAAAAAUCCCCAGUUGCUGGAGUGGCAUGUUUCAGUCCACAGCAAGCAGAGCAUAUGUAAAAUGGAUGUAUUUGCCCUGUAAUAGUUAGGCUUUGAUCUUAGCUGGAACUUUGGAGCACUGUUGUUAUGCAGAUUGUAAAGGAUAACUUGAAACAGUGCAUUGCACCCACACUGCUUGAGUUAAGCAUUUCUGAAUUUGUGUAGACUGGUUGUGUAGCUGCAGUCACAGCACAGAUGCAGAUGUAUUAAGCUAUUUUGCUAAUGCUCAGCUAAGGGGCAUUUCAGAUCUUGUUUUUUACAGUGGGUGCAGCACACAAACAGGUUACUGAAACUUGAAACUUGAUUCGUUGUCAUUUUGAGCUAAACAGCAGAAAUUCCUGCAUGAACACACCAAUACCACUUAUUUCUGCUUAGGUCACAGUAAAGGUUAGACCUAGAUACAUUGUGUCACUUAGACAUAUGGUAGACCAAGAACACAACUCUGUGAAACAUGAAGUGUGAGGCAUGAUGCUGAGGUUGUCCUGUGCUCCUUUAUAGUAAUUGAACAGAAAAUUGGUAAGUUUAAUUUAUUCUACCCCAAUAUAGACAUAAAAUUGUGUUUUCUUCUAUUUUUAUGGCCACAGCAACUGCCUGAGCCUGCCUUUAGACAUAAGAACUUGAGGAAGUCAAACCUCACUCCUGAUGCCUUGUUGAGCAAUAGCAAAUUAAUUAUGGGGUGGAUUACCUCACUUGAUGUAGAGAGACCAUUGAAGGUUCCAAUUACUUUCAGGAUUAGACCUGUUUUGCUAUGAACAUAGGACAUUGUCAUGACUAAUUAGCUCACAUUUCUUCUGUUUAUUCUGAGAUAUUUUAACACUCAAUCCUUUUGUCUUCAUCUUUAUUACUUGCUUAUGAAUAAAAUAUUUUAAUGAGAAAGAUA